UUAACAACUACAGUGACCACUAUGUCAAGAAAGGUGAUAGAAUGGGGUAAAACUCGGUUAACAAAUGUCUCACUUAGCAACAUAAAUUUUGGGCUCAAUGAUGGUUGUAAAUCAAGGACUAUCUGCAGUGCUUUUAAUAGCAGACAUUGCUCAGGCAUAUGCAUCAAGCUGAUGAAAUGGUAUGCCCUUUUCAGACAAUAUCCCAAGGCCACAUUUUCUUCAAAGCACCCUGUAAAAAUAAUUCCUGACAGACUUUUUUUAUUCUGCUUUCUUUUCAGCGUCCUCCCAAACCAGAUUAUCAGUCACCCUUCUUACAACGAGUUCAGUUUAUCUUUGGCCAUCACUAUUUUGGCUAUUUAGGAAACGUUGUAGCAGUAGCAAAUGUUUUUUGCGUAUGCGGAGUCAUGGUAAUAGAUGCAGAUAAGCCACCUGCUCUCCGAGAUGACUUUUUCUUAGGGGUUACAAACUGUUUCUUUAUUUUGUACUACCUUCUGGAAAUAGUGCUGAAAUUAGUGGCCUUGGGAUUAAAAAGAUAUUUAUCCUAUCCAAGCAACAUAUUUGAUGGACUUCUGACUUUGGUUCUGAUGGUUUUGGAGGUGUCCACAUUUGCUGUAUAUGGGUUUCCUCAUCCAGGCUGGAGACCUGAAAUGUUGGGCUUGCUGUCUCUAUGGGACAUGGUUCGUCUAGCAAAUAUGCUGAUUGUGUUCAGAUUUUUACGGAUCAUCCCAAACAUUACAUUCAUGUCUUUAGUUGCCAGUACACUGUUGGAUUUAGUGAAAAACAUAAGAACCUUUGCAGGAAUUUUGAUUGUGGCUUUCUAUGCAUUUGCAAUAAUUGGCAUGGAGCUGUUUGGAGGCACCAUUACUCCCAUGGGUAAUGUCAGCUUUGUAAAUACAACUUUCAAAUGUGGCAUUUUUGAACAACUGGAAUAUUGGCCAAACAACUUUGAUGAUUUUGCUGCAGCACUAGUGACUUUGUGGGAUGUGAUGGUUGUGAACAACUGGCAGGUUUUCUUGGAGGCAUAUUCCAGAUAUACAUCUCCCUGGUCAAAAUUGUACUUUGUCACCUGGUGGCUGACUUCCUCUGUCAUCUGGGUCAAUCUUUUUGUAGCCUUGCUUUUAGAGAAUUUUAUUCAUAAAUGGGAUCGUCGCUGCCAUAGGCCAUCUCUCUCAGAAGUCGAAUAUCAAAUGACAGUGGAACUCCUCUUCAGGGAUGUUUUAGAAGAACCAACGGAGGAAGAACUGAUUGCAAGACUUCACCAGCAUCCACAUAUGCAUCUAUAUAGAUGACACUUUAGCUGGAAGUGGCCAUCCAGCCUCAUCAUGCCUGCAUGCAGGUUUUAGAGCUGAAGAGAAGAUAACACUUAUUUCUUUCUAGAAAGAGUGCUAAAAUCUUGAUUUUAUUUUUGAACGUUGCUAAAGGACCCUUGGGUUCACUCUAAACAUAUUUUUUAAAAUCCUAAUUUGACUUCCUUUUAAGUUGAUUUAUGGAAUAGAGAAUUAUGCUUUUAAGAAAGGGAAAUGGAUCAGUGAUACUGCACUUUAUAGUAAAUAUGGUGGAACAUAAAUAAUCAAAUCUGCUGGUCUGGUGAUAGCGCUACAGACAGUGCAAAAUGCAAACCUUCUACAGAGGCAAACUUCCUUUUUUUAGUAUUUGUUCUGUGAUAUGCUAGGGCAGUGCCUUAUUGUUUGCAAAAAUGUUUUAGUAAAUGUUUAAAUGUUUCAAAUACAGGAUAAACGUUUAAAACUAAAGUUAGGGAUUCAUAUAAAAGGUUGUUAUAUGUUCCAAUGCGGCAAGCUAUUUUAGAAAGAAGAAGAAUACCAUUCCAGUUUCAAUAUCUGUCCAAAUCUUCAUAGCAACUUCAUGCAAAUAUCACUUCAACCCUUGGUUGACUGUAUGUUACAUUAAUGAUGUACCUAGCAGCCUUUGGGGACUUGAAUUCAUGGCAUUAAGGUGCUUAAUAUUUUGUCUCCCUGCCCCUCUAAUCCCUUUCCUUAUCAGGAGCAGCCCUUGUAAUUUUGAGGCAAUCUAGAUUAAGACCAUUGUGGGAAGCGAAUGGGUUACAACCCCUAUUUCUUGUUUGAGGCUCAAUUUUGCCUUGUUUUCCCAUUUUUGGUGAAGCCUAAUCUGAGUGUCAUUGCUGAAAUAAGUACUGGAGAGGAAAAGAGUUGAAAUAAUUGGCUUUUUCUUUAUUGCAGAGACUAGGCCUAUGUCUCAUACUUGGGUUCUUAGGUGAGUUUUGUAACUGUCCACACGUAUGCGGCAAACGUUUUAUGAGCACUCCCCAACCCAUUUUGCAAGAACAUCUCUGACACAUAGACAUUAUUCAAAAUGCACUCAUUGGCCAUAAAAUUUGGGAACUUAAUAAAAAUUCAACAUUGUUUCAUGUCAGUAAGACCAAAAUUAUAGAAAUUAAGUCUUAGUCCUUUUAAUCAUAUCAGCAGCAAAUAUAUUUGGAUCGGCUAUCUUAUGAUUCCAUCAGAUGUUAUGUAAACAUCUAUCUGUGUGACUCCCUGAGAUUCCUAUGUCCUUGAUCUGAAAAGAUGAUCCAUCUAAAAUUCACCAAUUCAGUGAAUUAUAGAACAUCCAUUCUAUUAUUAAAUUAUUUCAUUCAUUCAGGGAUGCUAAAUAGAAUUAUUCUUCUACUUCUGAUUUUUUUUUCAUCAGUAUUGAAAGGGAAAUUCCUUGACACUAAAGAAUUUGAUUAAAUAACCAUGGUCAUCUCAUAAUGUUUGGUUAAUUAAAAAUGCAUUGAAAUAUUAAUUCUCUUCCUUAAGCAACAUAGUUCUUUUCAUAUACUAUAUGCAAUGUUUCUCAACCUCAGCAAUUUAAAGAUACGUGGAAAUGCUUGAGUAAUUCUGGUAGCUGAAGUUCACACAUCUUAAAGUUGAUGAGGUUAAAAAAUAAUAACAUAUAUAAAGGCCAGAUUUUUCUUAACCCGAUUUUCUGGGUCCACACAACAUACUGGUAGGUUGGUUCACAUAACAGUUUGCUUUAAAACUGUGCAAGAGAUUUUGCAGUGAGAUGUUUUUGGUAUGAACUCUCACAGAGUGCAAAAAUCACCAGUUUUGCACAUUCCAAGAAAUGUUGAGCUCAAAACAGCUCAGUUUCCAGAUGACUCAAAACAAUUUUUGACUGCUCAUUAUGGGGUUUAUUUUCUUUGUUGAUAGAGCUCCCAUUUUCAAAAGAAAAUCCUUUCUUUACUAUAUUACGGAUCAAUUGCAUUUUGAAUAUUACCCUUCCUUAAAAAUUCUGUUACACAAAGAAAGUUAAGGAAGAGCAACUAGGCUAUAGCCUUUUUCUGAAAUAUUAAAUCUAUUUUACGCUACUAAUAUAUGCUAACUAUAUAUCUAUAUCUACAGAAACUUUGGCAUUCCUUUAAGCCCAAAGAUUUCAUAGCUUACUUCAAGGAUGAGGACCUAUUGACUAUUUCUAGGGCUGUUGAAGCAGCUUCAGGAGGACAAUUCCCCUAUCCCUGGCUUUUUUUGGUUUGAUUUAUCCUUUGGGCAUCAAUAACAACUAUUACAUACAACAUGAUUCUUUAUGGAACUUUUCAUUAAAUUUAAGCUUAAGAAAAAUGAGAGUUUUUCUGUACUCAGGAUAUGGCAGGUAUAACUUCCAACAUUCUUCAUGCUAUGUUUUUCUUCCAGUGGUGCAAUUUGGGCAAUUCAGGUAUACCAGUGCAAUAUAAUUUUGAAUUUCUCAUGCUCUGAGAACAUAUGAAGAAACCACUAAAGUUGUUUGGAUAUUAUGAAGUUUUAUGUAUUAGUGGGGCGGGGGGGGGGGGGAUAAAUUGUAAAAUGUAUCUAUGUGAGUCCUUUUUUAAGAGCACAGAUGUUAGUAUAUUUAAUUAAAAUAUUUUUG